UAUACUCUGAGAUCCAGGCACUCAACGUACUUCCAGUCACACAAACAAUUCCGAGUAGACUCCUCGCACAAGCUGAAACGAAAGUAUCUCGAACGAUACAGAAAUAAUAUACGACAAUGGCCGAUGGCUUGAACUUCACAAUACCGCCAUUCCCGGACAGGAAAACGAUAAAUCCCUUUGUCUAUACAACUGUCAAAUCUGUCAAAUCCUCGUGCCCGGGGAUGAGUGCGAGCAUCUGGAUGGUCCUCGGGGGCAUGAUUCUGGCAGCUCGUAUGCUGUGGUUAGCCCUGCGGGCUACACCACCUGAGCAGAUGGACGAGUUCGUGCUGGAGAAGGUGGAAGGAGAGCAGGCCGAGUAUGCUGAAGAGCAUCUAAAGGAUCAGCGCAAGCAUCACAGAAAGAAACAACUAAAGCCCGCAGACGCAGCGAACAAUCGUCGAAUGCAUUGGGAGCAUAGCCAGCCGCGAUAUUUGCCCAGAUAACUUA